AGAUACCAGAUGAUCGUAGACGAUACAUACUUAGUUUGGCCGGCAAAAGAUAUAGAGGGUGGAAAGCUUUUUUGACAAACACCUAUCUUAAGGAUAAAGAUGGAAACUUUCUUGAAGAGGCACCGGGACGGCCAAAAAAGUAUGAGAUCUUCAUUGAUGAAAAAGAUUGGGCUGAGUUUGUAAAUCAAAGAGAUGAAGAUUUUCGGAAAAGGAGUGCCACGAAUAGUGCGAGAGCAUCCAAACCCGCGUAUCCAUACAAAAAAGGGCGUAUGGGAUAUGCACGCUUAGAGGAUAAACUUUUAGAGGAGUCUAAAAGUGAGGAAACUUCACUUCCUGAACAUGUGUUGUGGAAGGAAGCUCGUGUGGGCAAGAAUCGAGCUGUCGAUCCCGAUGUUCAGAGAGUUUAUGCUGAAUGUGAGACAUUGUCGCAAUCGGUGUCCACCGGUGAGGACCAAGAUGAUAGGAGCAUACUUAGUAGAGCACUAGAUGCUCCUGAGUAUCCCGGUCGGGUGAGGGGUAAGGGUCAUGGUGUGACUCCAACCUCUUUUUACAAGCAUCCUAGGAGAAGAAAUCCUUCAAAUGAAGAAGUGUUGCAAAAAUUGGCGGAAUUGCAAGCACAAGUCUCUGAAUUGCAAAGAGAUAAAGAUAUGUAUAUGAGAGAAAAGUGCAAUACUGCAUCGGUGAAAGAAACUAGUGAUAAAGCUAGUUUCAACUGUCAAAGAAAACUUCCCGAGGGCAUUUCUUCUUGCCAACUAUACUUAUCGUCACCGUCUUAUCGCCUAGUUGGCAAGGGAAAAGUGCACAACACUGUGGGAGAUUUACUUCACCAUAGACCGCUCCCGGAUGGACACCUGAAAGUAUCGGUGGAUGUUGUAUUAGAUCAUGAUGCGGUGCUACCGGUACCUGACAUGGUCUCAGAGACGACAUUGCUGCGAGAUGCAAUAGGGUCAUUUGUUGCAUGGCCCUCGGAGCUCAUUAUCAUUGGUGAUGAGACUGCUCCUACAAAACCCGCAAUUAAGGGCAAAGGGAUUUUACAGGAGGAGGAGUCUGUUGCAUCACUAAAAGAGGCAUCUGCUCGGGAGUCACAACAAGUGACACAGGUCGUUCGUAGCGUACCGCCUAAGGGUCCUCCGAAGCAAGCGGCAAAAAAAGGUGGUGCUUUUUUUCCUCGAUAUCGGACGACUUAUCUAUGGCUAUCUUUGGAUACAACACCUUAUGUCAAGCGGUGUUCGGUGAAGUCAGCAAACAUCUCUGGUCAAGUUGUUAUAUUGAUGAUGGAUUUUUGUUAUGAAGAGUUAUCUCAAGCCUAA